GAUAUCUGAUUCAAGCAGGACUCAAGUGGAGAAAGGAAGGAGUUUGUGCUAGCACACACCAUGCCGCUCUCCUCUUGCGCCACACUCAUCAUGUUACUCAUCUGUAUCCAGGUGUAGCAACAGCAUGCUUUUCUCCUGGUGACUGAUCCAUAAUCUUCUAUUAUAUAUCUUUGUUCUAGCUUUGUGCGAGAUCUUAAAAGUAGCAACGGGCUGACCAUCGAAGCAAAAUGGGUUCUCAAGGUGAUAAAUAUUGAUCCAUAUUAUUGACGGGUUUUUCCUCAUUGGGAGACAGGCUUUGGAAGCUUUCGGUUUUUGCGAUUCUCCAAAACAAGUCACCGUGGUGUUUUUGAUGGAUCUCUGGCUCUGAGUUUGUCUGGACCAUGGCAACCAUACUAGAAUGCUUGCUUAGAUCAUGUGUUUGUAAAUUACAACAUUUCAUUAGUAAUGAAGUCAGACUACUCCUAGGGGUGGAAAAAGAUCUUAGUAAAAUCCUGGGACGAGUAGAAUUAAUACAAUGUUGUAUACAUGAUGCUGAGAGCAGGAGGACAAAAGAGCUAGCCGUUAACUACUGGCUUGGUCAAAUGAGAGAUGUUAUAUAUGAUGUUGAUGAAAUCUUGGACGUGGCUAGAUGUGAAGGAAGCAAGCUACUUCCUGACAAUCCUUCAUCAUCAUCAUCAUCAAGUAAAUUAGUUGCAUGGAAAGGCCUUUCAAUUUCAUCUAGCUUUCGUACCCUCAGGCCACGUUAUGAUGUUGCUGUUCGGAUUAGAAGACUCAACAAGAGGAUAGAGGACAUUACAAAUGACAAGAUAUUUUUAACAUUCACCGGUAGUACACAACCUACCAGAAAUGCUCCAAUAUCCAAAAUGAUAAGAAGUUCCGAGCUUGUUGAGCCUAACCUUGUGGGAAAGGAAAUCAUACAUUCUUGCAGGAAGUUGGUGGACUUAGUGCUUGCACACAAGGAAAGUAAGUCCUACAAGAUCGCUAUUGUUGGAACCGGAGGAGUUGGUAAGACAACACUAGCUCAAAGAAUAUACAAUGACCAAAAAAUAAAAGGAAGCUUCAAGAUGCAUGCAUGGAUUUGUGUUUCGCAAGACUACAAUGAAGAUACUCUUCUCAAAGAGGUUCUUCGAAAUAUUGGAGUGCAUCAUGAGCAAGGUGAAACCAUGACAGAGUUGCAGAGAAAGCUUGCAGAAACAAUCAAAGGCAAGAGUUUCUUUCUCGUUCUAGAUGAUGUGUGGCGCUCCGAUGUGUGGAUGGAUUUACUAAGAAUUCCAUUAAAUGAAACAGUUACCGGAGUAAUAUUGGUAACCACACGAGAUGAUCAAAUUGCAAUGAGAAUUGGUGUAGAGCAUAAGCAUCGAGUUGAUCCCAUGUCAAUAGAGGUGGGAUGGGAGCUACUUUGCAAGAGCAUGCACAUUGAUGAAGAGCAAAAAGUGCAAAAUUUAAGAAAUAUAGGAUUUGAGAUUGUUCGCAAAUGUUGUUGCCUUCCUCUUGCAAUCAAGGUUACCGCUAGUGCUUUGGUAUGCAAAGAUCAAACAGAGAAUGAGUGGAAAAAGUUUUUGGGAAAAUAUGCUGUCUCCCAAAGCUUACUCUCUGAUGAUAUUGAAAGAUGUCUGUAUCUAAGCUACGAUCAGUUGCCGCAUCGUCUAAAGCAGUGUUUUCUUUAUUGUGCUUUGUAUACAGAAGAUUCGGUCAUUCGCUUAGGUGAAGUUACCAGGUUAUGGAUUGCAGAAGGCUUUGUCGAGGAGCAGCAAGGCCAACUAUUAGAAGACAUAGCAGAAGAGUACUUCUACGAGCUUGUCCAUCGGAAUCUCCUCCAACCAUAUGACAGGUGUUUUGACCAGGCUAAAUGCAAAAUGCAUGACCUCUUAAGACAACUUGCUUGUAUUAUAUCAAGAGAAGAAUGUUUUAUUGGCGAUGUUGAAUCAUUAAGGAGUGAAAAUAUGUCAAAACUACGACGUGUUACUGCUGUCACUAAGAAGGACAUAUUGGUGUUACCUAGCAUGGAUAACGUGGAAGUUAAGGUGAGGACGUUCCUAACUAUUUGUGGUCCACGAAGAAUUGAGGAUACAUUGUUCAAGAGAUUUCCGCUCCUUCGUGUUUUGGUACUAAAUUACUCAUUUGUGCAAAGCAUUCCAGAUUAUAUUGGAAAACUGAUACAUCUACGCCUACUUAAUCUAGAUUAUUCUGGCAUAUCUUGUCUUCCAGAAUCCAUUGGCUCCCUAAAAAACCUUCAAGUGUUAAGCAUGAGAUACUGUGAUGCUCUGCAUAGCCUUCCAUCCGGGAUGACACAGUUGUGCACUUUAAGAUGUCUUUGUCUUACUGGAACAGAAAUAAAUCAUGUUCCAAGGGGGAUAGGAAAACUGAAGUUUCUCACUCAUUUACGAGGAUUUCCAGUUGGUAAUGGAAGUGAUAAUGCUGAUGUACAAUAUGGAUGGGAGUUGGAAGAGUUGUCUAGUGUGUCACAGAUGAGGUAUCUUCAACUGGUUCGAUUGAAAAGAGCGGCACAUCGUAGUUCGAAUACAGUGCUCGUGGACAAAAAACAUCUAAAAGAACUAGCACUGUCGUGGACUGAGCAUAGAGAUGGGUCAUAUUUGGAACAAGAUGUUAGCAAUGCUGAGAAGUUCAUUGAGGAUCUAAUACCUCCAAGCAACCUGGAAAACCUAUCAAUUUCCGGAUUCUUUGGUCGGCAGUUCCCCACCUGGUUUGGUACCGCCCAUUUGUCUUCAAUAAUACACAUGUACCUCGGAGAGUUACGAUCAUGUGUGAAUCUCCCAUCCAUUGGGCGGUUACCUAACUUGAAAUUUCUGAGAAUUGAUAGAGCAUAUGCAGUUACAAAGGUUGGACAUGAUUUUAUUGGUUGCAGGAAGGAUAAUGAGUUAGUUGUUUUCCCUAAACUUGAAUGGUUGAUCAUAAAAGAUAUGCCCAAUUGGGAGGAGUGGUCUUUUUUUGAUAAACAGGAAGAGGAUGGAGCUGCUAAGAUUUGUAGUGCUGAUGCCCAGUAUGCACAAUUGCAACUGCUGCCUCGUUUGGAGAAGUUGCAUCUAGUAGGUUGCCCAAAGCUGAGGGCUCUCCCUCGAUGGCUUGGAGUGGACACCACCAGCUUGAAGGAGCUCAAAUUAAUUGGAGCAAACAGUUUGAAGGCCGUGGAGGACCUCCCACUGCUCUCUGAGCUCAUUAUUAUUGAGAAAUGUGAAGGCCUUCAGAGGAUCUCCAACCUCCCUCAAGUGAAAGAACUGCGUGUACGUGGUAGUCCAAGCUUAAGCCAUGUAGUGGGGGUGGGAAGGUUGCAGCUGUUGGGGCUGGGUGAGGAUAUGCAAGAAAUCUCUUCCCGCUGGUUACCUGGGCUUCAAGAGCAACACCAGCGGCUUCAUGGAGAAGACCUAGAUGUCUACACCAUGUUUACCAGUUAAAUGGCACAAGUGACAGCCUAGGAAUGGUGGCACGGCUUUCUCGGACGGGCAAAGAAUGAAGCUUAUCAAUGCUGAAGAUGUCAUUCAACAACCUUGAUAUGCUGAAGGAAUUUUCCUGAACUUCUUUGGGCAGAUGCCCUGGAAUGAAUGCAUCGAAAUUCGUCAUGUUUCUUUCUGAACUUGGGCCAACAGGCCAUUCUGUGCUGAACCAGCUGCUUUCGUAUUAUUUGUUUAUAAACAUGGGCCGUAGAUCUUUAUUAUACUGACAUUUGGUGAUUCGCUGCUACAUUGAUAUUUUGUCCCAG